AUGCUGUCCAGCAGUGCCUCAGGUUCUGUGCUACCGGUUUCAUCUCAUGCCGACGAGUUGCACCUGCAAGUGUCCGCUCCCAUGGGGGCUGGAGAUCCCCAAGCCCGAAUGGUGAGCGACGUGAUGUCUUACGAUCCGCUAUCGGGCGUUGGAACUUCAAUGCCAAUGGGCAUGGAUGCGGGUAAUGCGUUUGCUUAUCAGGUUUCGUCCGCUUACCCGCCAUCUACUACUGCGGGGCUAGAACAUAAUCUGCAUAGGCGCCAACACACGUCCAUACAAUCACAAACGUUGAGCCUGGAUCAUUCCACCUACUCCAACCUGCCGGCCCAGCCACCUUUUCAAGAUACAUAUUGGCCCCCUCAUCACACUCCCCACGGUUUUACAAUUCACUCAGAGACAGCAAACAAGCCCUCUUCAUCUGAGUAUACACAUUCAGUUCCCCCACAGAAUCAAGGCGGGAUGCAGAGACAACCGCAGGACCCUCAGUCCUUCCCCCAGUCCUAUGCUUCUGCACCUUCUCAGCGGUCACUACAACCCAGAGCUAUCCAACCCAAAAGGCCAUCGCUCGUGAAGGGAACAUCUUCAUCGUCGAAUAAUACGAAAUCGGAUAUAAGUGGCGAAAGCUCCCCAUAUGCAAAUGUCUACUCAAACAGUGGUUUUGACAUGAUGGGUGCUCUGGCUCGUGUGGUGUCCAGACCAGACCCCAAAAUCAAUAUCGGUGCGGUGGACCUUUCGUGCGCGUUCGUACUGUGUGAUAUCACUCGAGAGGAUCAUCCCAUUGUCUAUGUCUCCGACGCGUUCGAAAGGUUGACAGGCUAUACUGAGGAAGAGAUUGUUGGCAGGAACUGCCGUUUUCUUCAGGCCCCAGAUGGUUUGAUCCAACAGGGGUCACAGCGGAGAUUCGUUGACGAACAAACCGCUUUUCGCCUCCGAUCGACCAUUGAAGAACGAACUGAGAUCCAAGCUAGUCUGAUCAAUUACCGAAAGGGUGGCCAACCCUUCAUGAAUCUAAUUACGAUGAUUCCCAUUCGGUGGAACUCGGAUGACUACCGAUUCUAUGUUGGUUUCCAGGUCGAUCUCGUUGAGAAGCCAGACGCCGUCACCAAGAAAAACUCGAAUGGCACCUACAUGAUUAAUUAUCAACGCAAUCAAUUGCCUCAUUACAUAGUGCCAUCCCCCGAGAUGUAUGAUUCUCACUCCGACUUAGCACCCCAGUUUACUCAUGAUGAUAUUUCUCACAUUCUAAACGCAAUUGAUGAAAAUCAUAUGUCCGACUAUCGACAAUAUCUUAACCGACUUGUCGUCGAGAAUACGGAUGAUGUCAUCUACGUGCUGUCGUUCGAAGGCGAAUUCCUUUACCUAUCACCCUCAUGCCAAAAAGUCCUGGAAUAUAAUGCGUUUGAGCUGGUAGGCAAGAUGCUCUCAACAGUUUGCCAUCCUAGUGACAUUGGACCGGCCAUUCGUGAUUUGCGAGCCAGUACCACGACAGAUCCGGUGAGCGUGGUGUAUCGAAUGCGUAAGAAGCGCAGCGGGUACAUAUGGUUUGAAAGCCACGGUUCGUGGCAUAUUGGCGAAAGGGGGCGAGAAAACUUGGUUAUGGUUGGGAGAGAGCGUCCAGUGUUCUGCCUUGAUCAGCUUGCGAACAUCGGAGGCGAGGAGCUGGCAGAAAAUGAUCUGUGGGUUAAAUUGUCCAUGUCUGGAAUGAUCCUUUUUGUCUCGUCAAAAUCUCGUCCAGUUCUAGGUCGCGCACCGGAGGAUAUCAUUGGGAAAGGUAUACAAGAAUUUAUGGCGGUGGAGUCCCGGCUUGAAGCCAAGCGGGCAUUGGAAAUAGCGAGAAGCGGCCAGCAAACCACAUUUGGCCAACAAAUGCGGCAUCGAAAGGGCCAUAUGCUGCAGGUGCAGACAACCUUGUUCCCUGGAGACACCAAAGAAGGCACCAAACCAACCUUUCUGAUUGCUCAGAUGCGCUUUCCAAAGUCACUCCAGCCAGCAACCGGCAUGGCGGGCAAUGAGGAGUCAGCCCCGACCGAUACGGCUGUCGCCCUAUUCACUGGGGAGACCGGGUCUAAUGGAACAAGGGGCAUGGCUGCUACGGGUCCCCAGCCAUUCGACUAUAGUAUAAUGGGGGCAAACAGACUGCCGUCAGGAAAUCAAUAUGUACCAGCAGUCAGAAACCCUACGGUCUUUACAGAGCUCAACCCGACGCGAGGCUCCAGCUGGCAAGUCGAACUUCGUGAACUGGAGAAGCAGAAUCGCACCCUCUCCGAUGAGCUCCAAAGACUGCUGACCCGGAAGAAGAAGCGCAAGCGCAAGCAGAGCAAUGCACCGGUGGAAAAGAACUGUGCUAUGUGUCAGACUAAGAACACGCCCGAGUGGCGAAGGGGACCAAGUGGGAAUCGCGAUCUUUGCAACGGUUGUGGUUUACGCUGGGCCAAGCAGAAUCGUGCAGCACAGCCUGCGGAAAAAUCAGUGCCAGCCUGA